AUGAACCUCAGAUCCUACCGAGAUCUUGUUGAAUAUUUCAAAAGCCACGAUCGUACAAGCAUCGUAGAUGCUCAUCAAGCGAAGGUACACUCUGUGGUAUGGAAUUCGGACGGCGGGCGACUGGCGUCCGGAAGUUUCGACAAAACCGUCUGCGUCUUCAAUCUCGACAACGGAUGCAAGCUAGUGAGGGAGCAGACAUUUCGUGGACAUACCGACCAGGUAGAUCAAGUGAGUUGGCACCAGUCACACUCGGAUCUACUGGCUUCGGCCGGUGGCGACAUGACGGUGCGGGUAUGGGAUGCCCGAAGCCAUAAAUGUGCAGCGACCGUUAACACCAAGGGUGAGAACAUCAACAUCGCCUGGUCGCCCGAUGGUAAUACGAUCGGUGUUGGCAACAAGGACGAUUUGAUCUCUUUCAUCGAAACACGCAAUUACAAGAUCAUCGCCAGCGAACAGUUCAAAGUGGAGACUAACGAGUUUUCUUGGGACAAGAGCAACCAUUUCUUUUUCCUCACCAAUGGCAUCGGUCAGAUCAUCGUCUUAAAAUGGCCUGAACUAGAAAAUGUCGUCACCCUGCAGGCGCACCCGUCUAACAUAAUCUGCAUUGAAUUCGACCGCACUGGUCAGUACUUCGCUGUCGGAAGCACGGACGCGUUGGUCAGUCUCUGGGAUACUCGGCAUUUGACCUGUCUGCGCACGUUUGACAGUAUGUUGACAGCGAAUGUGACGUCCUGCUAUGAGGUUUUUAUUUUUAGGUUGGAUUGGCCGGUACGGGCGGUCAGCUUCAGCAACGACAGCACCAUGCUCGCAUCUGGUUCUGAAGAUCUGUGCAUCGACGUGGCCUACAUAGAGACAGGCGAAAAAGUUUGUGAAGUGAAAUGCGAGAGUCCCACGUUCACCGUAGCUUGGCAACCGCAAAGUUACCUGCUCGCUUAUGCUUGCGAUGACAAAGUGAGCAACGCUUACGGUCACGCAGAACGCGAGGCGGGCACCAUCAAACUGUUUGGACUUACUGCUGACCAGGCUUGA